CUCGAAAGGAGAGAAUAACAGCGCACGUGCCAUUUUGUUCCUUCCCUCCCAUUUCCCCCACUCUCAAGUCUCAACCAACAACCGCCGCCCAUUUCCCGCCGCCGUCCGCCCCUCCAUUCCUCGCCGGAAUUUCCCACCAACCAUUUCACCAAUAAUUUAUCUCUUCCCGUCACGUUUUACUUGAUUGAUCUCGCUCCUCUGAUUCCCCCCUUUAGUUUUAACGCUUGAUUCACACUCUUGUAGAGUAAAGUCUCUCCCUUUCCCCCCAAAAAAGCCCCGUCUUCAGCAGGAAGCAAAACGGUUGAUUACUUUACUGCUGUCGAUGAUUCAUCGUCGGGCCGCAUGAUUCCACCCGAUUCACAUCUCGUUCUACCCGCUAGGCAGCCAGCACCGCUCCUUUUCCGCGGCUGCGCCGCCGAUCGAUCCUCUCUUCGGUUUGAUACGGCGGCUCGAUCCCGCUGCCGCCGGCGGACGUGCAGUAUGUCUUCACCCGUGUGUUGCUUCGGGGAAGGCAGUUGGCGGCGGAGGAGGAUGAAGGGAGGGUUGAAAGUGGAGAUUGAUAGUGGCGGGGAGGAUGUUUUGGAUGCUGGAGUUGCUGCUGGAUCGAGGGCUUAUCCUGAACAUCUUGUGAUCAUGGUUAAUGGGCUCAUUGGAAGCUCUGCGGAUUGGAGAUAUGCAGCAGGGCAGUUUGUGAAGAAGCAUCCCGAUAAAUUGGUUGUGCACAGGAGUGAAUGCAACUCAUCUAAAUUGACAUUUGAUGGUGUUGAUUUGAUGGGUGAGAGACUGGCCGAGGAGGUACUAUCACUUGUCAGGCAUCGGCAUGAAGUCCGGAAGAUCUCAUUUGUUGCUCAUUCCUUAGGUGGGCUUAUCGCCCGUUAUGCUGUUGCGAGGCUGUAUGAGCAAUCUCCAAAGGCAGUUCAAUCAGGAGAUGCAGUGCAAGGUAUUGGUCAGCAAACUUACGAAGCUCGAAUUGCAGGGCUCGAACCAGUUAACUUCAUAACCUUUGCAUCGCCACAUCUUGGUUCACGAGGACAUAAGCAGUUCCCUAUUCUCUGCGGCCUUCCUUUUCUUGAGAGACAAGCAUCUCAGACUGCUCACUUAAUCGCUGGGAGGACUGGGAAACAUCUUUUCUUGACUGAUGAUGAUCAGGGGAAGCCUCCUCUUCUCCUCCGAAUGGUGAAUGAUUCUGAUGAACUGAAAUAUAUAUCAGCUCUGCGUGCAUUCAAGCGGCGUGUGCUUUAUGCCAAUGCUAAUUUUGAUUAUAUGGUUGGUUGGGGGACAUCAUCUAUCAGGCGUCAAAACGAACUACCCAAGUCCACUGCACUUAUAUUAGAUGAGAAAUAUCCCCACAUUGUCUACAUUGAGCCUGAGAAUACCAUAAAGAAGCAUGAUCGAACAUCUUCCACAAAUCUGGUGGAACAGGCGACGGAUCUAGAAGAGAUGAUGAUCAAUGGUCUAACUCAAGUACCUUGGGAACGUAUACAUGUUAGUUUCCACAAGAGCAGACAGCGGUUGAUUGCUCAUAAUACUAUUCAGGCAAGUGAAGAGCUAUUGGUUGAACUCAGAUGGUGCUGACGUGAUUUACCACAUGAUAGAUAACUUCCACAUCUAGCUCUAUUGAAGUUGGGUUCUUCCCAUCAACAAUAGUUCAAAGAUGGCCUGGAUUUCUUUUAUAUUCUCAUGUAUCAUGGGCAUUUUCAAACUUGAAACUAAUGGUAAGAUAUAGAGAAACUGAAGGCUGUUGUUCAUUUUGCUCUUGCGUCUUGUAGAUUAUUAGCUUGUACAUAAAAAAUCUGUAUUUUUUCAAAAUCUGUUCAUGAUUUGACCAUACUGGGAAACUGUACAAAGCUGUGUUUCGGUGAUUGUAUAAUGAUGCAAUCUAUCUCGACAAACUGCAACCUUUUGGUUUGCUACUAUGUGUUAAUUGCUUGAAUUCCUGGUCUUGGUUUUAGCUUCAA